UUCUUAUCAGUACAAACCAAGAUAUUUAACAAACAUGAGGUGAUGUGCGAGGGACUAUUUUUAGUUCACUCUGUAUGUUGAUUUUCAAUAAGAAAACGAGAUUUUUAGUAUUCAACAACACCUCCUUAUUUAAGCCAUGGCACGAGAGGCAGGGUCUGAAGUGAGUCUGUGCGUUAAAUACACACUAUUUCUCUGGAACUUUAUAUUAUGGAUCGUGUGCCUCUGCAUCACGGGGCUUGGUGGUUACAUUCUGUACAUCAAAGACAAGAAGGUCCACGACCCCAUCGACUUCUUCUUUGAUCCCUCUACGCUUAUGUGCACAGCGGGAUCAAUAGCCGUUGUCGUUACUUUCUUCGGCUGGCUUGGGGCGCUCCGGGAGUACACGGCAUGUCUGAGAAUAUAUUCCUGGAUUGUGACCAUCUUCUUCCUCGGCGAAAUCGUGCUUAUCAUCCUCAUCUUCGUCUUCUAUUUCGUCCCGGACGCUAAACAGAAGCUUGGCCUCUUCCCGGAGAAGGCUUUUAAAGACGCCAUCAAAAAGUAUGGAGUCGUCGAUGACGAUGACAUGAAAAACCUUAUUGACAACAUGCAGAAGUCUCUUGCUUGCUGCGGCUUCACGGACUCUGAUGUCGGGUUUCUGGACUGGGAUGAUAACGAGUACUAUCGCUGUACGAACGUAACAAAACCCAAUCCGGAACGGUGUUCUGUGCCACCGUCAUGCUGUGUGGACGAACCGGGAAAGAUGAAAAACGUUUUGUGCGGCAGAGGCGUCAUGCAGUACAACAAUGCAACUAACAAGCUUGAAGAAAACUCCAAAGAACAUAACGCCAUUAAUAAAGCUGGUUGUUUGAAAGCAGUGGGAACCUUCAUCAACGACCACGCCAUUGUGAUAGGAGGAGGCAUGCUGGGUGUACUCAUACCACAGGUAAGUGCUGCAUAUAGCCAUGGUGAUAGAAGGAGGCAUGCUGGGUGUACUCAUACCACAGAUGUACUUCAUGUACCUGUCUCGGACGUUGAGGCAGCAGGUUUUGGCGCAGCGAGCAAAAUGGAGGAAGUGAUGUCAAUGCGAGCAUCGUGAACAUUCCACAGCGCACACUGUGAUAUGACUUUACUUUGUAAUCAUCAUAUAUUCCCUCAAUAUUAACCCUUGUAGUCCAGCGUUGAUAUACACUCGUAUCCAAAGCUCAGCAGUACUGUAAAUCAACUAUUUGAUGUAAUCGAAUGACAUGGAUUUUUACUGUUUAAAGGGAACGAAGUACACAUUUAUAAAUGUUUGUUAUUAUGCCGCUUUCGAAGAAAAAGAAGCGUUUAUUGCUUUGCAUCUAUCCGUUGGUCCGUUGGUAGGAAGGUCCAUUGGUCGGUCCGUAUUACUUUUGUUUCUGUGCGAUAUCUAGAAAACGCUUUGACUUUCAAUAAUACAAAUUGGUAGUAUGGCUAAUUGGGAAGAAAGUAAGACGCCUAGCGAUUUUAGGUCAACGGAUCAAUAUCACAGGGGCUUGUCACCAUAAUUUUGUUUAUGCAUGAUUUUUUGAAAGCUAUGACCAAACAUCAAGGUCAUAUGAGCUUUUAUCUAGAUAUAAGUUUCUUAAUUAUAUAUGGAGAAAACGUUGGCCUAUUAUCGUCUUAACUGUUAUGCUGGUAUCUUGGGAUAAAUGACGCAUAUCUAUUUUGAGGUCAACAUGACAAAAAAGGUCAUGGUCAUGAGGGUUUGUAAUAGAAAAAUCUUGUCCACACUAUAUGUUGUGAAUGCUUUGAUCUUUAAUCAUAAAAUGGGCGUAUUGUGAAGUGGUUAUUUUGGUGGAAGUUUUGCGUCUUAUAAGCUUGAGGUCAUCAUGUUUUAGAUCAGGAUCUUGCGUCAUUCCGCACAAUUUAUUGUUGUCAUAUAAAUUAAAGCUUUGUUUAUUACUCUCGAAGAAUAACCCACAAUUAAUAUCAAAACAACAAAUUUAAGGUCAAUUUCACUUGAUGAAUUUGCUGGAAGUCAAAUGGGGUGGGGAUUGGGGCUUACAUUUUUUCAAACAUCUGUUAUUAAACAAGCGUUUCGUUUAUAUUUAUGUACCUAAACAAUAACUGAAGUCAAAUAUUAACAUAAUAAAAAAAGAUUCGUAGCCUCGAGGAAAUAACAUAUUCAACUAUAACGAGCAUUGUUGACUAUCAUUAAACGUGUGUGUCAUCGUUGGAUUUUGAGGUGUAAAUAGUAUUUUCUUUAAGAGGUCAUACGCUUCAUACUUGUGUCUUCCUAUUUUUACAUGUGUGUAGUAUUUAAUUUUAAUGAUAAUGCAUACAUCAACUAUUUGUGCAUGAAAUGAAAACGUUUUCUUUAAGUCAUAGAACAACAUGGUUCGUUCGCAUGUUUGCUGUUCUUUUGAGCACGUAAGCAAAAUCGGAAUUCAUACAGUACAGAGCGUUCUAAGCACCCACUUAAUUAUUGUAAUGACAUAAUUUAACAUAAAAACUGUCACACUUUAUUUCAGGUGUGUUUUCGAGAAUGUCUGCGAUAAAGUCGUGGACGGAUUUAAUAACGCUUUAAACCAGAUAUGCGAACAAACUGUUGAGUAUUUAGUACGCAAAGAUUAUUUCAAUCAAAACGAGACUUUCCAGUAAAUAGCAAGUUCUUUUUUCUAAGAAAAUUAAAAUCUCGCAGGGUGGGGGAUUUCAUUUUGAAACGGGAACACUGUUGAUUUAUUAUCUUUCAAGACAUUGUAUUUUACACUGUCAUUGUAAAUGCGCGCACUUUAGAAACUGACCUGGCUGACAUGGCUUAGCCAAUGGUAAUGCUCAUUAACUGCUCGCUUUAUUUCCUCCCUUUUGGGUUUAAGUUUUCUUCAUUCAGUAUUGUUUAGCGCGGAGUUUUAUUUAAUACCUGCUUCAAAGAUUUCAUUAAGCAUGUCUUAAAGUGUAUAAACGUAUGAUUUUAUAAGAUUAAAUCUUUAUCAAAGUGUAUCCAUGAAUGAUUUUAUGAGAUUAAAUCUUUAUCAACGUGUUACAAUGUAUUAUUAUAUAAGAUUAAAUAUUUAUCAAAGUGUAAUAAUGAAUGAUUCUAUAGGAUUAAAUGGUUAUCAAAGUGUAUAAAUAAAUGAUUUUAUAAGAUAAAUCGUUAUCUUUAUCAAAUAGUACCAAUGCAUGAUUAUUUAAAUGAAUGAGUACUGUGUUGUGCGUUGCACGCAUUCGGCGGGUUAAAUUAGUUCAACAAAGUUUCCAGUUUGAUAAAGCUGUCACACUUGAAUGUGUUGUAUGCGCAUUAUUAUGUUGUCUCUCUGAGCUUGUAAGAACAAUUAUUCGAUCAGUGAUUAUGCAAUUUUUACAAAGCUUUCCACACAUUUUCCCGUGUAGAGAAGCGACACUUUAUUCAUGUUCAUAAGAGCCCAAAGGUCAAAUUUAGUACAUAAUAGUGAAUCAGUGUUAUAGAAAAUACACAUUAUCAGAAAACCUUCUAGUAACAAAUAUAAUGAUACAGUGAAGAACCAGUGACAAAAGAAACAAUACCAGUAUGUUGAAUAAGCAUUUCGUAUUGUUUCAACACAUAAACUCCGAUAUGAAACAGUGCUGAUAGCAAGUUGAGCGUCAAUCCAUGGUGAAAAUAAAUGCACAUUUAUUCCUUGUUAUUAAAACACCUUUAACAUUGUUAAGUUCAUAUAUGAAUAUUAUAUAAAAUAUGUGUUAUUGCAUACAUGUUCAUUAUUGUUGAUGUGUUAAUAAACCAAGAAUAUGUAAUCAA